AUGAAGUUUGGAAAAUAUUACAUCGAACUGCUUGAAACGUCCCAUUUCUUGCCUGAAUGGAAAAAAAGUGCGAUUCAGUACAACAAGCUCAAGGCGCUGCUGAAUGAUGUACCCGCCGAACUGCGUGCGUAUGGGCUCACGCCUGAUGUCAUUGAUGAUCUUUUGUAUGCAUCAGGGAGCAAUCCACCCAACAGGCCUAACACGGAGCGGAAACGUUCCACACCGGGGCAAGUGCUUCAGCUCAUGUCACCAUCCAAAAAUCAUGGCAAUUCACACCAUAGCUCUGCGGCCAAGUGGGUUUCCUCUCUUCCACACGAUGAGAGAUACGAGCAAAAAACAAAGACAAGAAAGCACCGAGCACGCAGCAUUGAUGCAGCUGCCCUUUAUCUAAUGCACUCACAGACGUCCCCAGACACGUUCUUGGCUACAUCGAAUUGGACCAACUCUGUAUUGUCACAAUCUCCUAAAUCGCAUGUGCCUUCACGACGGCAUUCUUCCAGCGGAGGCCACGUUUUCAAUGCAAAUGAGCAUUUUGAUCUCCCACCGCUUAUUCUUCCAGUUGGAAUACUACAUCACCCGGAUGAACCCAACAUCCCAAACACUAGACGAAAGCUGUCUCAUGACGAGUUUGCCACGCGCUGGAUGGAAAAGAGGAUCCCAGAUUUUCUUCCGGAAGAUACUUCCACGAUUGCUCCAUCCACAGACAAUGCCACUGAAGACUACAAGACGCCACAAAAGCACUGGAUUCAAGGCAAAGGUGGGCGCCGCGCAUGGGGUGAGUAUGAGCUGUUUGAUGAAAAUUUCACACUGCAACCGCGCAUAGUUGUGCACACCGAAUCCCCAAACUCUCUCACAUACACUGAUUCUCCAGGCACGCCUAAUCAGAAUAGCUCGGAAAGCUCAUCGUCCUCUGUGUCCAACACGCCCCACAUGCCAUUUUCAGCCAUGAGGCCGGCUCGCGGCAGUAUGCAGCGCCUUGAUUUGGGCUCACCGGCGCAAGAAAUUCCUACCAUCGCAUCCAAACAAUAUAUGGAGGCUCGGUCCGACUCAACUCCUCCUGGCUACCAUGAGCGUCGAAUUAUUAUUCCUCUCAAAGCUGAAGAGCGAUUCUUCGAUGCUCUUAUUUCUUCCAUUCGUACGCUGCUGCAACUGCACAUGUCGCAGCAGCGUACGCUCACUAACCAUGUGGAAGCUCUGUGCCAAGCUAUUUCAGAGGUUUCGAGCCCUGUUCAUUCACCGGCCGAUAUGUACGUGUGGCGAGAAAUUUUUUCAUUGUGGCUCGAAUUCGACAUAUUUGAAAGCUCGCGCGAAAAAGAUCGCGGCGAGCUUAGUGUUGCGGCCAGUGAGGCUCGCCUUCAUAAGUACUUGGAACAACUAGAAAAACGAGGUCUCCUCACUCCCCAUCAGACAUUCGAGCGGGCGGGCCGGACCCUGGCAGGAACGCUAGAUUCAUGGGCAAUUCAAGCGUUCAAUCCAACGAAUCCAUUGUCGGACAUUCGGAGUAUUGCCACCUUGGAGCACUUCUUGAGACUCAAUGUGGCGCUUGUUUCUAUCAAGCGCUUUGAGCGCCUUAACAUCGAAACUAUUCGCAAGCUUUUAAAAAAACACGGUAAAAAGACAGCUCUUCAUGUGAAUGAAAACAUUAGCAGAAUCUCGAUGUCUUCGAACGCGCAACAGCUUUUGAGCGCGGCGUCACUGGACUCACCUAUCCCUGAACUCAACUGGGAAUCAGCCUCAGGUGGUGACGUGCUAAAAUCGUUGGCUGCGUUGGCACCUGCGAACGUAAACUCUUCCUUCCAACUGUCUCUGCCAAGAAUUGUCUCCUGUCUCUUGACCAAAGCGCUCAUGCCUGUUCUUCCGAGCGUAGAUGACUACAGCUGCCUUGUCUGCGUGUCCAUUGCAUGGCAUCCCAUACGCCUACGCUGUGGCCAUUUGUUCUGCAUUAGGUGCAUCGUAAAGCUACAAAAACAAGGUACAAAUGACUGUCCUCUCUGUCGUGCACCAAAUGCUGUACGUGAUGCGGAUGAACACAACUUGGAUGUUGAGAUGACAAAAUAUCUUCAAGAGUGGUUCCCUCGAGAGAUUGAAGAGAAAACGUCUGAGAACAAGUCGGAUCGAUUGCUGCAAGAACGAAAAGAAAAAGAGAUACGCAAGAAAAAUCGCUGGGCCCGAUUUAGAACAAGAUAUCAUUCAGAGAAUGAGCGCGAACGUGACUGUGUGAUUGCUUAA